AUCUCAGCAGUAGCCUUCUAUCAGCCUUCCUCAAUAGCCUAUUGAGAGCACUGCAGUUGCAUAAUCUCGACAUUCACCUUUUGCUUCCGUCCUAAGGGAAGCUUUCAGUUUCGUGCAAUGGCCUUCGACGCUGGAAAGUUAGCUCGCCGCUUUCUGUUUUCGGUUUUCCUCGUCGUUCUGAUUUUUGAAGCCGCAUAUGGCGCCGACACCGUCUCGACGACUGACUGUUCCUACUGUGGAACUGACGUGGCCUGCAUCAAGCAAUGCACGUGCGAGGCUCCAGACAUGAAACCAACCCUGUGCAUCUACAGUUCUACAUCCUCGCAAUUCUAUGGCGACUCAGUCACCUGCAAGUACGCCUGCUGGCCGCGCAUACUGCUUUUCUGUCUCGGAGGCGCGCUCGUCCUCACCCUUAUCGGCGUCUCCAUCUUCCUCAUCGUGCGCUGCAACCGCAAGCGUGCCGCGGAGCAAUACGCCGCCAAGGCCGGGCCCGCAGGAGCAGGCUAUCCGCCCGCAGGCAACGUGUAGCUAGAACAUUAGCAACUUCAGUGGCUAGUACAGUAGCUAGUACAGUGGCGAGUGCAAUGGCUGGCCCAGGAGCUCCCCUUCGUCCAUGAAGAAGUGCCUCUGCAGCAGUAGUAACGAGGCAAAUAAGGAGUUCUAGCCGUGAUGCAGCAAUGGCCGCUUGCUCAGCCCUAAGUUUUAUUUGAAUAAAAUGCGUGCAACACCUUAAAUUGAGUCAUGUGGCUACUCCUCUACCCUCAGGGUUCAAGUGUGUGAAAGGACCAGCGGAGGAAAGUGUUGGUGAAGAGGAGAGGCGCCGUUUUCAUUCCUUGGUGGGCAGCCUCAUGUAUGCGGCCGUUCACACAAGGCCGGAUGCAGCCUUUGCUACCG